CCCUUCCCUUAACUCUUUUCACUCUCACUCUCAUACACAACCACCAUUUUUCCUUUCUCUUUUGCUCUUUUGCUCCUUCUUCCUCACACCCUUUUCUUCAUUUUCACUCGCCAUGGCGAAAAAACAGAUCUUUGCUCAUGUUUUCAUUUGGGUUGUAAUGCUCUCAGUUGGAGCCUCUUGUGCUAAAGCAGAAGAAGAAGGAGAAGCUGCUGAUAGGAUUUUGGCACUUCCUGGACAACCUAAGGUGUCAUUUCAGCAGUUUUCUGGCUAUGUUACUGUCAACAAGGUUGCUGGUAGAGCUCUCUUUUACUGGCUCACUGAAGCUGCACAAAAUCCUCUCACCAAACCUUUGGUCAUUUGGCUCAAUGGAGGUCCAGGAUGUUCAUCAGUGGCAUAUGGAGCAUCUGAAGAAAUUGGACCAUUUAGAAUAAACAAAACAGCUUCUGGGCUAUACACUAACAAGUUUUCAUGGAACACUGUGGCCAACCUCUUGUUCUUGGAAGCUCCGGCCGGCGUCGGCUUUUCCUACACCAACCGCUCCUCCGACCUCCUUGACACCGGCGACCACCGCACCGCUCAAGACUCUCUGGAAUUUGUCCUCCAGUGGCUGGAACGGUUCCCCCGUUACAAACACCGGGAACUUUAUAUCACCGGAGAGAGCUAUGCGGGCCAUUAUGUUCCUCAAUUGGCUAAGGAAAUCAUGAACUAUAACGCAAAAAGCAAGCACCCCAUCAAUCUGAAAGGCAUAAUGGUAGGAAAUGCAGUGACAGACAACUACUAUGAUAACUUGGGGACAGUGACAUAUUGGUGGAGCCAUGCUAUGAUCUCGGACCAGACUUACCGGCAAUUGAUGAGUACAUGUGAUUUUCACCGGCAGAAGGAAUCUGAUGAGUGUGAAUCAGUGUAUAGCUAUGCCAUGGAUCAAGAAUUCUGUAACAUUGAUCAGUACAACAUCUAUGCUCCUCCAUGCAACAACUCUGAUGGUAGUACCUCUCCCACCCGCCACACCAUGCGCUUACCUCACCGACCCCAUAAGGCUUUUAGGCAUUGGUCUGGCUAUGAUCCAUGUACAGAAAAGUAUGCAGAGAUUUACUACAACAGGCCUGAUGUUCAGAAAGCCCUCCACGCUAACACAACUAGAAUCCCUUAUAAGUGGACUGCUUGCAGUGAGGUUUUGAAUCGGAACUGGAAUGAUACAGAGGUAUCUGUUCUUCCCAUUUAUAGAGAGUUGAUAGCUCACGGAAUAAGAGUUUGGGUGUUCAGUGGGGACGUGGACUCAGUGGUGCCUGUCACAGCAACAAGAUAUGCCCUUGCACAGCUUAAGUUGUCAACUAAAAUACCAUGGUAUCCUUGGUAUGUCAAGAAUCAGGUUGGAGGGUGGACAGAGGUGUACGAAGGAGUAACAUUUGCAACAGUGAGAGGAGCAGGGCAUGAAGUGCCUCUAUUCAAGCCAAGAGCAGCACUUCAAUUAUUCACAUCAUUCCUUGCAGGAAAGCCUCUUCCCAAGUCAUAAACCAGCAAAAUAUAAUGUUAUUAAGGGAAAAUGGGGUGACAAAAAGAAAAGAAUGACAAAGGUAAAAAAAAAGAGAGAGAGAGAGAGAAAAAAACAAGUGUAAAAGUCAGAGAUGCUAAUUUCUAUUGUCUUGUUAUCGUUCUGAACAAAUGUGACAUUUUUCGUUGUCAACAAA